AUGAAGGAUUUUGGGUGGAGUUCGGAUAGUGAUGAUGUUCAGAUGGUAAUGACUAGAAACUGUCCACAAGUUGUGAAUGAAACUGUUGAGGAUGAAACUGUGGAUAAUCAAUGUGAUGUGAAUUUGGGAGAUGGAUUGAAUAUGGGAGAUGGCGUGAAUUUGGGAGAUGGCGUGAAUUUGGGAGAUGGAGUGAAUAUGGGAGAUGGAGAUGGAGUCAAUGUCAUUUCCACUUCUAGUAGUGGACUUUUUGAACCGUUCAUUGGGAAGGAAUUUGAUGAAUUUGAGGAUGUCCAAGCAUUUUAUAAGGCUUAUGUCGAUGAGAAUGGGUGUAUGGGAAGCUGUUUUUGGGCAGAUGCUAGAUCUAGAUCUGCAUAUCAAUAUUUCGGAGAUGUCUUCACAUUUGAUGCGACAUACCUCACAAAUGUUUAUAAGAUGCCAUUUGUGCCGUUCUCAGGAGUUAAUCAUCAUCACCAAACCAUAAUGUUUGGUUGUGCGUUGUUAGUGAAUGAGACAGCUGAAUCCUAUAUAUGGUUACUGAGAACAUGGCAGGAAGCAAUGCUUGGGCGUGCCCCUGCAACCAUUAUUACUGAUGAUGACAAAACAAUGGCCAAAGCCAUUUCAGAGGUACUCCCAAAUACAACUCACCGGUUAUGCUUGUGGCAUAUUUUACAAAAAUUUUCAGAACAUUUGGCACAUGUCUAUCACAAAUUUCUAGACUUUCAAAAAGAGUUUCAUCAUUGUAUCCAUGAUACUAUAACAGCUGAUGAGUUCGAGGAGGAAUGGGUUUCAAUACUAGUGAAGUAUGAUCUAGUAGGUAAUGAUUGGCUCCAAAAUCUUUACAACCGAAGGGAGAAGUGGGUCCCGGCUUACUUGCGAACGACAUUUUGUGUCGGGAUGUCAACCACACAAAGGAGCGAGAGCAUGAAUAAAUUCUUCAAGGAUUAUGUGCGAUCAAGCAUGAUGGUGAGUGACUUUGUGCAUCAGUACGAGAAAGCCUUAGAUGCACGUUAUUUUAAGGAAAAAGAGAAGGAUGUGAGAACAAAGUCGAGUAGGCCGGUUUUGAAAACAUGUUGGGAAAUUGAAGAAGAGGCAGCCAAAGUGUAUACAAGGAAGUCCUUCAAUAUCUUUCAAGACGGGCUAUUCAAUUGCCAACGAUACAAAUCAACAAAGGUUCAGCAAGAGGGUGAGAGUAAAAUGUAUGAGGUGGCACCUAAGGGCAAGGACAAACGUAUCUAUUAUGUGACUUUCAACUGUAAAGAAGCGAAGACAAUAUGUAUAUGUCAUAUGUUUGAGUUUGUGGGUAUUCUCUGUAGGCAUAUUCUAUGUGUAUUCAUGAAGAAAUCAAAUUUAGAUACUUUGUCACAUCAAUAUGUUCUAGAUCGAUGGACCAUCAAUGCUAAGAGUCGAGCUAUCCUUGAAAUACCAAAUCCCGAGGGGCAUGUUUCAAUACAAGAAGAUCCGAUAAUGCGAAAAAGUCAUUUGAUGAUGAAGUUUUAUGAUAUUGCUGAACUUGGGUCACAAUCAAGGUUUAAAAUGGACCAUCUUUCUCUUGCAUUGGACAAGGUACACAAGGAGUUGCUUCUCAUGGAUAGUAUUGAAGAACAAAAUUUGGAAGGCGGAGAUAUGUCACGUAACGAUCCCCCUGUGUUAAAUUCACAAGUAAUAUCAAAUUUUUCGCAAACUAUACAAGAUCCUCAACGGGUACCAACGAAAGGAAGACCAAAAUCUUUGAGAGCAAAAAACCCAAGAGAGACUCAAUCAGUGAAGAAAAGGCGUUGUAGCAUUUGUAAGAUUGAGGGUCAUACCAAGAACAGCUGUCCUUUAUUGGGGGAUGUUGGAAAUAUAAAUGACAACAUGUCACAAAGGGUGGAUCUUGAUGAAGAAGAAAUGGCUGGUUCCGAUAAAUGCAUUGUUUCCAUGGGCUUAAUGUUGGAGAUGUUGAAUUUGGAGAUGUUGAAUUUAUGGGCUUAA